AUGGCUGAGAAGCUUACCGUCGUUAUUGUUGGGGCCGGCUUCUGCGGUCUCACCGCCGCAGUUGAGUGCAAGCUGAAGGGCAUGAACCCCAUCCUGUUGGAGGCCUAUCCGACCAGUCGUACCCAAGGAGAUGUUCUUGAUUUUAUGCACAAUGGCGGCCGACAUCUCAAUGCUUGGGAUAACGGAUCUGUUGGCGAGAAGCUCUUGAAGUCAGGUGUUCAUACUGCAAAGACGCUCGACUACUACUCCAACAAGGGCGAGUUGCUCCUGGCCGAGCCAUGGAUCUUCCGUGACGAGCACUACCACACACAAUAUGCCGGGCACCGAGGACUGCAGCAUCAAAUCAUCUCCGACUACGCUCAGUCCAUUGGAGUCGAUAUGCGCUUCGGCCCAGGCUUCUCUGUGGUGGAGUACAUCGAUACCGAGACUGAGACUGGUGUCGUCACCAAGGACGGAUCAAAGGUCCUCGGCGACGUUGUUCUUGGUUGUGAUGGCCCUCGCUCGCUUGCCCGCACACAGGUGCUUGGACUGCCCGACAACAAGGUCAACAGCGGUUACGCAAUCUACCGAGCCUGGUAUGAGCUGACUGACGAGCAUCGCAAAAACCCUCACAUUCGCAAGCUCUGUAACCCGGAUCAGGACCAGGCUGCCAUGCUCUUUGGCGACAACAUGCAUUCCUUUAUCUACACCUGGGGCAACGCAACGCAACUGGCUUGGGUUUUGACACACAAGGAUGAGCAAGACAUUGGAGAGUCGUGGUCAUUCCCUGGUGACCUCAACGAGGCCCUGAAGCAUAUCUCGGAGGGGGGAUUCUCCGAGACCCUGAAGGAAGUGGCCCGUAACACACCUGAAGGCCGACUAGUCGACUACAAGCUCGUAUGGCGGGACCCCAUCGACACCUGGUUGUCCAAGUCCAGGAAGAUUGCUGUCAUGGGUGAUGCCGCCCAUUGCCAUCUUCCCACAUCAGCCCAAGGUGCUUGCCAGGCCGUCGAAGAUGCUGUUGUCAUGGCCAAUUGUCUGGAGAAGUCCAAGGGGGACGUCAAGCUUGGCCUUCAGGUCUUUGAGCGCAUCCGUUACAACAGGUCGCAUGUGAUCCACAUGUCGUCCAUCUUGAACCGCGACGUGGCUCACGCUACCACCUGGACGCCCGAGCUGGCAGCACAGUUUGCUGACACUCUCUCCAUCCCGCACGAUGACUGGAUUGUCGAGUAUGACUGCAAGGCGGAUACCGACAAGAACUUUGAUCGCCUGGCUGAGGAGGUCAAGAGUGGAAAGCCUGGAACCCUGGAGGAGCUCAGUCUGCCGGCUGGCGGCUCGUUCAAGCCAAUCCCAGAGCAACUCAAGCGGAAAGGAGAGGUGCUGGAUACAAUUACCAUCGCAGAGGCCAAAGCCGUAGCUUCGAUAAAGUAG